AUGUAUUCAAAGAUGAGGUUGUGGCAUCAAUUGACACUGAACUUGACAGACUUUGUUAAAGAUCCAUGCUUCAAAAAAGGGGAUGGCCUCAUCCAGCUCUAUGAAAACUUCAUGAGUGACUUUGAACACAGAAUCAAUCCGUUGUCCCUGGUGGAGAUCAUACUGCACGUUGCCAGGCAGAUAUCAGAUCCUAAAGAUGCCAUCACUUUUCUUGAGAAAACCAAAGAAAAGGUUAAAAGCAGCGAGGAAGCCGUCAUUCUUUGCAAAACGUCUAUCGGCAACCUGAAGCUGGAAAUCAACGACCUUCCAGCUACAAAGAAAAUCAUCGAAGAAGUGGAGGAGAUGUUGAACAACUUGGCGGGCGUGUCGUCUGUCCAUGGUCGGUUUUAUGACCUCUCUAGCAGAUAUUAUCGCAUCAUCGGGAACCAUUCCUCCUACUACAAGGAUGCCCUGCGGUACCUGGGCUGUGUGGACAUUAAAGACCUUCUAGAGACCGAGAUGCAAGAGCGGGCUUUUACACUUGGACUGGCUGGACUCUUAGGAGAAGGAGUUUACAAUUUUGGAGAACUGCUAAUGCAUCCUGUCCUGGAGUCUCUGAGGAACACAGACAAGCAGUGGCUUAUUGAUACUCUUUAUGCUUUUAACGCUGGGAACGUGGAGAAGUUUCAAGGCUUUAAAUCAGCCUGGGGUCAACAGCCUGACCUAGCAGCACAUGAAGCUAAGUUAAUGCAGAAAAUCCAGCUGCUCUGUGUGAUGGAGAUGACCUUCACUCGCCCUGCCAAUCACAGACAGCUCACCUUCGCUGAGAUUGCUCAGAGUGCUGAAAUCUCUGUGAAUGAGGUGGAGCUGCUGGUGAUGAAGGCGCUGUCUGUGGGGCUGAUCAAAGGGAACAUUGACGAGGUGGAUCAGAAGGUGCAGAUGACCUGGGUACAGCCCAGGGUGCUCGACCUGCAGCAGGUUGGUCUGGUGGGACAGGACGUGGAGGAGGUUGGCGUGUUGGUGGUCGUGCACGGGGAGGCAUGGCGUGUGGACGAGGGGGCUGGGGUGCACCCGGGCAAAGGAACCUGCAAGACGAAAUCUGUUACAACUGUGGGAGACCUGGCCAUUGGGCCAGACAGUCUGGUGGGACUGGACGUGGAGGAGGUUGGCGUGCUGGUGGUCGUGCACGGGGAGGCAUGGCGCGUGGACGAGGGGGCUGGGGUGCACCCGGGAAAAGGAACCUGCAAGAUGAAAUCUGCUACAACUGUGGGGGACCUGGCCAUUGGGCCAGACAGUGCAGAGCCCCACCCAUGCAGUGGAGUAAAGGCGGAGGGUCACAAGGGUUCUCAGGGAAAGAGCAGAGUCUGCACUUAA